AUGAUAAUGGAUCAUAUGAUGCAUUGUACAUCUUCAGUGUGAUUGUCAUUUGAUUUGAGCCUAAUUAGUGAUUAGUGCUGGGGUACCUCUGACCCUGCCAUAUAUUUAAAUAUAUAUAUAUAUAUAUAUAAAGAGUAUAUAUUCAUCUGUAUUUGUAAAGGUAUAAAUUAGAGUCGUUGUUGGUCAUCGUUAUUUAAAAACUGGACAUUUCUUACUGAUUGAUCUCUGCACUUUGCAUUGAAGUGCCUGUUUGUUUUAAAAAUGGCAAAAAUGUGGCAAAGAGUAGUAAUGUUUUUUCUCUUCAUCUCGUCAACGGUGUCCUCCAUGUACCCCGAACCUCUCAGCCAGUCCAUGAUCGACUACAUCAACAGUUAUCCCGGUGCUACUUGGAAGGCAGGAGAGAACUUUAAAGAUCUCCCACUCUCCCAUGUGAAGCAGUUAUGCGGGGCCUUGAAGGGAGGGGAAAAACCUAAGAAAAGAUUUCAUGUAGUGGACGAUGACGAAGUAAUCCCUGACGAAUUCGACCCGAGAGAACAGUGGCCCAACUGUCCCACUCUCAAGGAAGUUAGGGAUCAGGGAUCCUGCGGCUCUUGCUGGGCUUUUGGUGCAGUAGCAGCGAUGUCGGACAGGAUUUGCAUCGCUUCCGGGGGAAAAGUGAAUGCCCACAUUUCGGCCGAGGAUCUCUUGACUUGCUGCUCCACCUGUGGAAUGGGUUGUAAUGGUGGUUAUCCACCGGCUGCCUGGGGGUAUUACAAGAAAAUUGGUUUGGUCACAGGCGGCCAGUACGGUUCAGAGCAGGGUUGUAGGCCAUACAGCAUCGCCCCGUGCGAACAUCACGUGAACGGCACCAGGCCCCCAUGCAAGGGGGAGGGAAAGACCCCAGAAUGUUCGAAGAAAUGUAGGGAGGGUUACAAACUGUCUUACAAAGAAGAUAAGCAUUAUGGUGUGUCAGUUUACUCGGUAGAUAGCUCUGAGACUCAAAUCAAGAUGGAGUUGAUGAAACAUGGUCCAAUUGAAGCUGCCUUAACUGUGUACGCUGAUUUCGUGCAGUACAAAUCAGGUGUGUACCAUCACGUGACUGGGGAAGAGUUAGGAGGGCAUGCAGUGAAGCUGAUUGGUUGGGGUGUUGAGAAUAACGUUCCCUAUUGGUUGGUGGCCAAUUCGUGGAACAACGAUUGGGGCGAUGGAGGUUUCUUCAAAAUCCUGAGAGGGAAAAACGAGUGCGGAUUUGAAUCUGAACUGGUUGCUGGCGAGCCAAAGAUCAAAUAAACAACUAUAAAUUAUUAUUUUCAUUAUGAUUAUUAUGACUAUUAUCAUAAUAAUAAUUAUAACUAUAAUUAUUAUUUCGUUCUGACAACGCACAGUCUAUAUUAUUAUUAUUAUUAUUAUUAUUAUUUAUUCUUAUACGUUUAUUUUUAUACGUAAUAUAAAAUUAAAUAAUAUUUCAUAUAAUAUAUUACAUAUAAUUUAUUACACGUAAUGAGUACAUUUUAAUAGAUUGCCAUUUAGAGGUAGCAUUUAAUGUUUAUGCCAUUAUAUAUAUAUAUAUAUAUAUAUAUUUUAAUAUUCUAUAAAUUCUACCGAAUAUUCGGUAGAACUUAUAGAAUAUUGUAAAAAUUAUGGUCUAUUACCAACAUAUAUAUAUAUAUAUAUCUAGUGACGUCAUAAAAUACGUCAUCAUCAUAUAUAUGUAUAAUAUAUAUAUUAUAUCUUGUUUAUUUUUUCGAAAAAUUAGACAAUAAGCUAUUUAACGAGGAGCAUGCUGUGGUCGGUUUCCACUCCAAUAGUUUUCAUUUCUGACUUGUCUUAAUCCAAAUAUAAAUGUAUAUUUUUUUAAUAUUUUUGAGUGUGUGUGUGUGUGUAAUACGCUGUUUAAUACAAUAUAUAAAUCAAUCUUCGUUUUGCGUCCAGAGACCCGGUUUCCCGAGGUAGGACGUAUUAAUCAAUAAAAUAUAUUUAAAUUUCUACAAUUCAGUGACGCUCUAGCCAGCCAAACGAAUUAGAGAGAUAAGAUAUGUGUAUUUUUUAUUUUUUCGUUCGAAUUUAUUCCAGUUUCUAUAUUUAAAAAAACUGCCGAUUGUUUGUUA